GGCGCAGGGGCGGGCUUUGCGGGCGGACGCACGCACGUCGAGUCGCUACUGCCCCGAGCCGCAGAGGCUGCGGGCUUGGCUUCGGCGGCUGCUGAGGCGGCGGCGGCGGGAGGUUGCAGAGAAAUCCAGGUACUCAGUUGACUGGGACUUUUGCCACCAUGGGGGAACUUUUCCGGAGUGAGGAGAUGACGCUGGCCCAGCUUUUUCUACAGUCAGAAGCUGCUUAUUGUUGUGUCAGUGAACUAGGAGAACUUGGAAAGGUUCAGUUUCGUGAUUUAAAUCCAGAUGUAAAUGUUUUCCAGCGGAAAUUUGUGAAUGAAGUUAGACGAUGUGAAGAAAUGGAUCGAAAGCUUCGAUUUGUUGAAAAGGAGAUAAGAAAAGCUAACAUUCCAAUUAUGGACACUGGUGAAAACCCAGAGGUACCCUUCCCACGGGACAUGAUUGAUUUAGAGGCCAAUUUUGAGAAGAUCGAAAAUGAACUGAAAGAAAUCAACACAAACCAGGAAGCUCUGAAGAGAAACUUCCUGGAGCUGACUGAAUUAAAAUUUAUACUUCGCAAAACUCAGCAGUUUUUUGAUGAGGCUGAAUUGCAUCAUCAGCAGAUGGCGGAUCCAGACUUGUUGGAAGAAUCCUCAUCCCUGUUGGAGCCCAAUGAGAUGGGAAGAGGCGCGCCUUUAAGACUUGGCUUCGUGGCUGGUGUGAUUAACCGGGAGCGCAUCCCUACUUUUGAGCGCAUGCUUUGGCGAGUGUGCAGGGGGAAUGUGUUCCUGCGACAGGCUGAAAUCGAGAACCCACUCGAGGAUCCUGUGACUGGUGACCACGUGCACAAGUCUGUGUUUAUCAUCUUCUUCCAAGGCGAUCAGCUGAAAAAUAGAGUCAAGAAGAUCUGUGAAGGGUUCCGAGCUUCACUCUAUCCCUGUCCUGAGACACCACAAGAGAGGAAGGAAAUGGCUUCCGGUGUUAACACCAGGAUUGAUGAUCUCCAAAUGGUUCUAAAUCAAACAGAGGAUCACCGCCAGCGGGUUCUGCAGGCAGCUGCCAAGAACAUCCGCGUCUGGUUCAUCAAGGUGCGGAAGAUGAAGGCCAUCUACCACACCCUGAAUCUGUGCAACAUAGAUGUGACCCAGAAGUGCCUGAUUGCGGAGGUCUGGUGCCCUGUCACUGACCUUGACUCCAUCCAGUUUGCGCUCAGAAGGGGCACGGAACACAGUGGUUCCACUGUACCCUCCAUUUUGAACCGGAUGCAGACAAACCAGACUCCUCCGACUUAUAACAAAACCAACAAGUUUACAUGUGGCUUUCAGAACAUAGUAGAUGCUUAUGGAAUUGGAACUUACCGAGAGAUAAAUCCAGCACCGUAUACUAUCAUCACUUUCCCUUUUCUAUUUGCUGUGAUGUUUGGGGACUUUGGCCAUGGCAUUUUGAUGACCCUUUUUGCUGUGUGGAUGGUGUUAAGAGAGAGCCGAAUCCUUUCUCAGAAGAAUGAAAAUGAGAUGUUUAGCACUGUGUUCAGUGGGCGAUACAUUAUUCUAUUGAUGGGUGUGUUCUCCAUGUACACUGGCCUCAUCUACAAUGAUUGCUUUUCCAAGUCUCUUAAUAUCUUUGGGUCAUCCUGGAGUGUACGGCCGAUGUUUGAUCAUAAUUGGACGGAAGAAACACUUCGGGGGAACCCUGUUCUGCAGCUGAACCCAGCUCUCCCUGGAGUGUUUGGUGGACCAUACCCUUUUGGCAUCGAUCCAAUUUGGAACAUUGCUACCAAUAAACUGACCUUCCUCAACUCCUUUAAGAUGAAGAUGUCUGUUAUCCUUGGCAUCAUCCAUAUGAUGUUUGGAGUCAGCCUAAGCCUUAUCAACCAUAUUUAUUUCAAGAAGCCCCUAAAUAUCUACUUUGGAUUUAUUCCUGAAAUUAUCUUCAUGACCUCUUUGUUUGGCUACUUGGUUAUCCUUAUUUUUUACAAGUGGACAGCCUAUGAUGCUCAUACAUCUGAGAAUGCACCAAGCCUUCUGAUCCAUUUCAUAAACAUGUUCCUCUUUUCCUACCCAGAGUCUAGUAAUUCAAUGCUGUAUUCUGGACAGAAAGGAAUUCAGUGUUUUCUGGUAGUGGUGGCGCUACUGUGUGUACCUUGGAUGCUAUUGUUUAAACCAUUGGUCCUUCGCCAUCAGUAUUUGAGGAGGAAACAUUUGGAAGGGCAACCUGUGGAGGCCCCAGUCAGCCCAACCCCGAGCCAACAGGGAGUAGAGGCAGCAGCGGCUGCAACAGGAACUCUCAACUUUGGUGGGAUCAGGGUGGGCAACGGACCGACAGAGGAGGAUGCUGAGAUUAUUCAGCAUGACCAGCUCUCCACGCACUCAGAGGACGCGGAAGAGCCUACCGAGGACACAGUGUUUGACUUUGGGGACACCAUGGUCCACCAGGCUAUUCACACCAUCGAGUUCUGCCUGGGCUGCAUCUCCAACACUGCCUCCUACCUGCGGCUCUGGGCCCUCAGCCUGGCUCACGCACAGCUGUCUGAGGUGCUUUGGACCAUGGUGAUCCAUAUCGGCCUGAGUGUGAAGAGCUUGGCAGGAGGUUUGGGACUUUUCUUCAUCUUCGCCGCCUUUGCCACCCUGACCGUGGCCAUCCUCCUGAUCAUGGAGGGCCUCUCAGCCUUCCUCCAUGCUCUGCGGUUACACUGGGUCGAGUUCCAGAAUAAAUUCUACAGUGGAACCGGUUUCAAGUUCCUGCCCUUCUCCUUCGAGCACAUUCGGGAAGGGAAGUUUGAGGAGUGAGCCCCUGCUAGGACUGCGUGCCCUGAGCCACCCUCCACAGUGACUGGUUGGGCUCCUUUGCCUGUUGGUUGUGAUCCCUAGGCACCAGGGCAUGUGCCACCCCUUUCUGUGAGUCAUUUAGCUAGAACCUGUCCUCCAUAGUCCUCCCACCACCCCUUGCUCUGUGUGCAGUGUAGUGAUUUCUGGAGAGAAGCUGGGCACUGGCUGUCACUCAUACUCACUGAGCACCAGCGUUGCCCUCCUGGCCUCCAGCCAGCUAGAGACAGCCCUUCUCUAUCUCCUACUUGUGAACCAUCUGUGGUUCACACGAAAGCUUACAGCCCUUUGGGCUCCCCACACCUGUCAUGGAUAGAAGGAGCAUCCAUGCCACCCACAUCUAGACUUUGGGCCUCCUGCACCUGUCACUGAAGGGGACACUCUUUAACAUGUCCCAUCCUCAGGUUAGCAGGGUUGGGUCCAGGAAAAUAAUCCUUUACCCACCCCCUUUGGGACUUGUUAGUCAGGAAUUUAGCUUGAACCCCACUGGGCCACCCUGAGUGGCUUCUCUCUGUCAUCCCCUAACCAUAUACUCCCAUCCUCCCCCUUUUCCUGUGUACACCCUGCACAGCAUCACACAGCUGUGAGUGCUCUGAGCAGAGGCCUGGGCUGGCUCAUCAGCACAUAGUGUUCCCUCCUUUGAGUUGGCCACUUCUCAGGCCUUGCAUGGGCCCUGCCCUGGGCCAGAGUUCAGACUGAUGCUCUUUCCUGGUGGAGACCCUGAGAUCUUCCCUACCCACAAUCAUGAUGUCUUGAAUGUCAGGCUAUAUAGUCACCACAGCUGGUUCUGCCCAUAGCCUGCCUUGCUGUCCCUAUCAGUGCCCCAGUGCCCCCUCCCCACUUCUAAAUUGACUCCAGGUCUCAGGAAGGGUGUCCUGGGCAGGGAAGGUCAGCAUCACAGUUGAUUGAUAUGAGAGGACUGCCAGAGCUAAUGGCUAUGAGGCCUGCACAGCCCCGCUAAGGGGCCCCAUCCCCUGUGAACCCCCACACCGAGUUGUGGGUCUUAGAGCCUUAUAAUCAUGUGUUGGUGCAGCAACCCUGGUUGCCCUAGCUAAAUUCAUGCCCCUGCCCUCUGUGGUAGAGAUAAUCCCCUGAGUCAGCCAGACCCGUGCCCUCCUCCCACCCUGGCUUCUCUGCUCAGAGCUGCCCACGCAAGUCUCCCAGCUGGCCUGGCCCUGGGCAUAGGACACUCUACCCCAGCUUCACUGUGUGCCGGCCCAUUGUGACCUGACCUGGCCCUGUGCAGAGUCCCCUCCCCUCUUGUCCUGGGUUUAUAGGAGGAUCUUUGCUCUGUUUACAGUGGGGUUCAAAGCAGAGUUCUUUGUCAGGGAACCUGCCCAAGGCCCUUCUGUUCAGACAUUCCUGUGCUGAAUAAAGUGUGUUUGACUCUU